UUAGCAUGUCUGAAAUAAUGUCGCAUUUCACUCUGGUGGAAACAGGAACAAGUGGCUUGAGGCGGGCCACCCAGAAGUCUUGAAGUUCCUCUGGGGGACUUUCCCCAUAUGAAAGAAGAAAUCAGGUGAAAUGGACGUUGAAGAAAACAGGGAAAGUCCAUUUGAUGAUGAAGCGUCAGACAGCACUGAUAAUGAGGAUGGUCCAGGCCAGGAGUCAUUUAAAGAAGAAGAGGUUGCCCUCCCUCCGGAUUUCGAGUGGUUAGAAGAGUUGUAUAAAGAGGACGAUGGUGAUGGUGACCUUGCGGUUGCGGCCGUCAGCGGUGAGAACAGGAGUUAUGCCGAGACAGCACGGAUGUUCAAGCUGAGACGAAACCUGGACCAGCUGGACUGCUUUCACCGACAGAAGGAGCACGACGUGCAGAAAGCCAGAGAAGAGCUUAAACUCUGCCGUCAGAACAUUGAAAGUGUGUUGGAGCAGAGGGAAAACUUGGAGGAAAAGAUGGAGGAACAGAAAGCAGCAGAUAACAGCGUUGCAGUGUUUCGUACACGAGCCCAGCAUAAGCUUUUGUGUCAGAAGCUGCAGAGUGAAGAGGAGCUGGAGGGCCACAUCAACACGGAGCUGAAGCAACAAGAACUGGAGCUGAGCGAGGUGGAGGUGGAGCUUGGCAGGUUCUCCUCUCUCCGGCAGGAGGUGCAGGAGGAGGAGCGGGCUUUCGGGGUCCUGAAGAAGCAGAAGGCGACGAAACGGCUGCAGCAGGAGAAGAAAGCCAGCCAGCACCAGCAGCUCAGGAUGCAGCAUCUCAGGGAUAAACAGGCAUCGAUGCUGAAGAAAGAGGAGGCUGAAUGUCAGAGGAAAAUCGAAGAGGGCCGAGCCAGCCGCAAGGUAGCUGCCAAGUACUUGAAAGAGACCAUUAAAAGCAUGCAGCAGCAAGAGGCUGAGAAGGAGCAGCAGAACCGGGAGCUACUGGAAAAGCGGAUGCAGGCUGUCAAAUCACUGAAAUCCAACAUCGCAGCCACACAAGAGAGCUUACGGGUCAAUCAAAGCAGAGCCAGAGCCAAGGCUCAGAAGGAAGAGCAGCGACAGAGACAGCUGAGAGAGUCCCUGCAGGCUGAGGGAUUGAACAGUAUCCAGCAUAUGUACCAGCAGAAACAGCUAGAGGAGAUACAACGAAAACAAGAGCAAUUAGAAGAGAGGCAGAAGUCAAAGAGAGUGGAGAUUGUGGAGAAGAUCCUUCAGGAGGGGCCGCUGGUGGAGAGCAGAAAGAGAAACCCGCCACCGACGCCUAAACUGUCAUUAACUGACAAGUACCCGUCUCUGAGGAGGGCCAGAGAGAAGCUGCUGCACUACCUGGACCGCAGACCCCCAACGGCCACAGAGGAGAGAGCUACCAUCCAGUUGAGAGACUUUAGCAGCUCGUCAUCAGCUUCCUCUGAUGUUGACGACCAAGAGGAACCCACCAACCAGGAAGAGGACCACCCGAGCCUUUCUGACAGCCUGGCUGAGCCUGAGUUCUCUGGCCUUUGGGACCAGAACUACAAGAAGCUCCUGAAUGAAAAAACAACAUUGGAACAGGCAGAAGUAAAGCAGGAAGAACCGGCAAUGGCCAUUGGAAAGCUCAACCGCCCUCCUAAAAAGGUUCAUGGGAAAGAAUUGAAAGGCCCUCCGUUCAUCAGUAAACCAGAAGUCAUCCUCUUCAAGGACUUCGAAUUGGGUAAAACGUAUAAGAAGAAAAUCGUCCUGACUAACAUCAGCUACAUCACCAACCACUGCAAGCUGCUUGGGGUCUCGACCCACCUGAAGGAUUUCAUCACUAUCAACUUUGAUCCACCUGGUUCUUUAUCCACUGGGAUGUCCUGUGACAUGCAGGCUGUUUUUCAACCUAUGAUCAACGAGGAUCUGGAGGGAGAGGUCCGGUUUGCAUCAGCAGUGGGUCCCUUCUCUGUGCCCGUCAGAUGCACCAUAAAGAAAUGUGAUAUGAAAGUUGACAACCAGUUCAUUGACUUUGGUUCGCACGUAGUCGGCCAAACUGUUUCAUGGACUAUCACCUUGACCAACAAGGGAGCUCUGGCCAGCCGCUUCAGCCUGGACACUUCCGCGUGUCUCAGUCCAGAAACUAGCCACGUCCAGAUGGCAUCCCAUGUCUCUGCCAACACCAGCCAGGAAACAAGCAGUCCAAACACAACAUCUGACUCUGUAUCCAUGGGGACUGGCAAACUCCAAGCAAAGGAGGAGAGUCAGGAGCUUUCUGAGCUCCCAGAAGCUAUUCCUGAGACUUGUGUGUCCACUGAUGUGGAUGCCCAGAUGGACCAGAGCAACUCCGACUUUGGUGACAUAAGUCUAGGAAAUGUAAAAGAAGGGGAAAUUGGUCCUUUCGAAAGCAUCAGACUGGAGGUCAUAUUCACUCCAACCAUUCCAGGAGAGAGCAAACUGGACUUCCACAUCAGAUUCUCUGACUUAACCAGCAAACCAAUACCCAUCCAGGUGAAGGGGGUGGCAGUCAGCGUCCCUGUCUGGGUGGUUCAGCCCAGCAUUGACCUGAAGAUCUGCAUGUUUGAUCGCCUCUAUCAAGACAGCAUCGUGGUCCAAAGCAGAGCCAGCACAGCCUUGAAGCUGACCUUUGAGGUGUGCCCGGAAAUGAGGAAACACAUGGAGAUCCUUCCAAAGACGGGUUUCAUCCAAGCUCAAUCGAGAUUCAACGCCCAACUCAAGUUCCUGCCGAGGAUCUCCUUAUCCAAAGAUGCCAUGGAGCUUUUUGAUGAAGAUACAGGAGUCCUAGAGGUUCCGCUAACAGUGCUAGUAGCAGGCCAGGUGAAGCCGGUCCCUUUCACCAUGCAGGCCGUGGUGACCUGCUCAGAGCUGCUCUUUGACCGGGCCCAGGUGGACUUUGGCUUCUGCUCCGUUAACCAGUCGGUGAGGAGCAGCGUCCGCCUCACCAACACCUCCCUGCUGCCCCAGGACUUUGGCUUUUUGGGCGUUCCAGACUUCAUGGAGGUCCAGCCCAACGAUGGCUUCGGCACUCUGCUCCCACAAGAGACUCUGAAGGUUGAUCUGAUCUUCAGCGCCAACAAGGCCAAGGAGUACAGCUUCCAGCUCCACUGCAAAUCAGGAAUAAACCGAGAUUUCCCCCUGUCUUGCCGGGCAGUGGGGGUCCGCCCUCCUUUGCAGCUCUCCCACUCUCUGGUGCAGUUUGGGGCCACAGCAGUAGGAGACCACUCCACUGCCAUGCUCUACCUGACCAACCAUCAAACCAUCAAUCACCAGAACCAACAACCAGCCCCUCCGGUAACCAAGGACACCAUGGCUCCCCCCAGACUGUUCUCCUUCAGCCUGCCCCAGCCUUCAGACCUCAGCAUCACCCCCAGCGCGGGCCGCCUGCUGCCUGGGGAGAGAUGCCUGAUCCAGGUGACGUUCAGACCCAGACUGUUAGACGAGGACAUCAGAGAGGAGGCGCUGCGUCUCCUCCGAGCCAAGCUGCUUCGUGAGACACUGGAGAGGAGCAGACACGCUGAACAGGAGGCUAAAAAGGAUUUCCCAGUGGAGACCAGUAAAGGGAAGAAGGCCCCAGUGAUUCCAAAGAACAGUAAGGUGUCAGACGCUCCACAGACCGAACUACUAAGUGAAUCACCAGAACCUGCCGACAUACAGCCUGGGUCAGAGCAUUUUGAGGAGGCCAGGGCGUCCCUGCUGUACUCCUUCACCCAGCGCUACAGCAAGCACAGUGUCUCCUGCUUUGUGUCGGACGGAGAUCCUCCGGAGGAAGAUCUGCAGGCCCAGCCGGCGUGGAG